GCUCAAAUUCAAAUCGGUGCCCCAUCCGUCGUCACCCCGAUUCAUCAAGAAAAACCUAAACCCUAAUCGCUCGACACCGCUAUCGGCCCACACCUCUCCCAUGUAGAAGAGGAAUAAGAGAGAGGAGGAGGAGAAUACGACGACGAGGCGAUGCCUUCCUAUUCGAUCACGCGGCCGUCGCGGCAGGAAGAUUACGCUCGCUUCUCCCCGAACACCCCCAUCGUGAUCGACAAUGGCGGCUCCUCGUUCCGGAUUGGGUGGGCUGGGGAGUCGGAUCCACGCGUCACCUUCCGCAACGUCGUCCAGAGGCCUCGCCACAAGGCUACCGGUGAAACUGUCACUAUAGUUGGUGAUCAUGAUCCAUCAUUGAUGAAGUACUUUGAUUGCACUCGAACAUCUUUCCGAUCACCAUUUGAUAACAAUGUUGUCUAUCAGUUUGAGAUAAUGGAAUAUGUUCUUGACUAUGGAUUUGAGCGUCUAGGUGCUAACUUACAGGUUGAUCAUCCUAUUUUAAUGACAGAAUGCAUAUGUAACCCACUCUCCUCACGCAGUAAAAUGGCGGAACUUCUCUUUGAGACUUAUAGUGUACCAUCAAUAGCUUUUGGUGUUGAUGCUGUAUUCAGCUACAAGUUAAAUCAACAAUUUGGAAGAUGCAAUGAAGAUGGUCUUGCUAUUUGCUCAGGAUUUUCAGCAAGCCAUGUAAUACCGAUUGUAAAAGGGGAGCCUGUUACUGAAGCAUGCUGCCGAACUAACAUUGGUGGAUAUCAUGUUACCAACUAUUUGAAGCAGCUUCUUUCCCUCAAAUACCCAUAUCACAUGUCAAGCAUUACAUGGGAGAAGGCUGAGGAGCUGAAGAUGGAGCACUGUUAUGUAGCUACGGAUUUUGCAUCUGAAUUGCAAUUGUUUCAGAAAGGGAAUGAAGAAGCUAAAGAAAAGACUAGGUGUUGGCAACUACCAUGGGUUCCACCUACUCAAGGGGAUGUACCAUCUGAAGAAGAACUUGCAAGAAGAGCUGCUUUAAAGGAAAAACAAGGACAACGAUUACGAGAUAUGGCUGCUGCACGAAAGUCUAUUAGGAUAACAGAGCUUGAAAAUGAACUGAAUGGUCUGGAGGAUUUAUUGCAGCAGCUUGAUGAGGUGGAGGAACCUGAGGUCUCAUCUAUCUUGUCUGGAACAAAGUUCUUCUCCAGGCAAGAAAUUGAGUCUGCCAUUCUAAGAGUAACACAAUCGUUGCGGAAGGCUAAAGGUGAACCUAGUGAACCUGAGGAAAAAAAUGAUUCUUCGUUGUCAGAGAAAUAUCCGCUGGUCAGUGUACCUGAUGAAUUGCUGUCCCCAGAACAGUUAAAAGAAAAGAAAAGGCAGAUAUUUCUCAAGACUACCUCAGAAGGUCGAUUGCUUGCCAAACGAAAACGCUUUGAAGAGGAAUCAUUACGAGAGAAACAGAAUCAACUAGAUGAAGAGAAGAGACUAGAAAAUCCAGAGUUAUACCUUGAGCAACUGCAUGAUCGAUAUCGAGAACUCAGCGAGAAAGUCGAGUUAAGAAAAAGGGUGAAAACAAAUGGCAAUCAGAAUUUGUCAGGGGGUGUUGGCCGUGGUGAACGUUUGAGUGCUGCUCAAAAGGAGAGGAUGCGCCUCUUGACAUCUGCAGCAUUUGACAGGGGAAAAGGUGAAGACACUUUCGGGGCUAGAGAUGAGGACUGGCAACUCUACAAACUGAUGAGCAAGGAUAAUGAUGAUGAUGACAAUGGGCAAGAUGAGGAUGAAGCAGAACUAGCACGUGUCACAUCUAGACUUCAGGAUAUAGAUCCUAAUUUUGUUCCUAAAUCUGAUUUGGUCCCACCUCAAGCAACACCUGAAUUUUCAAAAUUCCGUCCUCAAAGUUUAGAAGAUUUCAAGAUUGUUCUCGGUGUGGAGCGUUUCCGAUGCCCAGAAGUUCUAUUCCAGCCUAACAUGAUUGGGAUCGACCAAGCUGGCCUCGAUGAGAUGGCAGGAAUCUCGCUCCGGAGGCUAGAUAGGGUGGAUGAUCCUAUCAAGGAUGAUAUAACCAAAUCAAUAUUAGUUACCGGCGGUAGCGCUCUCCUUCCUGGCUUGUUGCCUCGCUUGGUAGCUGGAAUCCGGCAAAUGCGCCCUUACCUCUCUCCUCUAACAGUCGUCAGAGCAUGUGACCCCAUAUUAGAUGCAUGGAGGGGUGCAUCGAUAUAUGCAAAUUCUCCACAGUUCUCUUUACAGACUCUUAGCAUGCAGGAUUAUUACGAGAAAGGUGAAAGCUUGCUUUGGCAAUACCAGAUCAAGUACACAAUUUGAUUUAUACAACGCCAUUCUGAGUGCAGCGGUGUCAUUGUUCCUCGUAUAUGUUCAUAUUGUCCUAUUUGGGUUCCGAGAGUUAAAUAUGUAUUUAUACUGUUCUUUUAGACUAAUUUAUACUGUUUUAACCCAGAUUUUUCUUGAUAAAUUAAGAUCCGUUUCAGGUGAUGUUAGCCGUUAAAUCUAUUAAUAAUUCCGUUA